UCUGCCCCUUUCUUUAACACAUGUGGAAUGUCCAAACUGCUUUCAGAACUGGCCCCAGUUCAUCAUUGUUCCGAGCAUCGAGAUCUCCAGGAAAAUGAAAUGGAAACAGGUUGUUUUGCUUUUGUGUCUCGGGACUGUCUUUAUCCUGGGAAUUCUCCGGGACAGUGAAUGCGCCGCGGUCCCUAUGGAUAAAUCGAACAAACCAGAAGACCAGAAACGAAUGAAGAGGCAGGUUUUCGUGUCUGGACAAGACGCUUCUAAUUUCUUUAAGCGACGUGCCAAGCGUUCUCCGAAAUCCAGGGCCGAAAUGAUGGCUGAGUACAGCCAAAGGCUUGCAGCUGAUGAACGAAGAAAGGAAUAUCAUGAAGAGCAGUACAAUGAAUGGGAGAAUUAUGUAGAAGAGGAGCAAGAUGAACAAUAUGAACGGUCUCGUGAAAAGAUCGAGUCGUGGCGUCUGUGGCACUUUGAUGGUCUCUACCCUCCAUACCAAUACAACCGCCACAUUUAUUAAAAGAAUCCAGUGAGCCUCAGAUUUAUGAGUUAGAACUGAGACUGCACACUAAAAGGCAACAUCAUGUACAGAUUGGUUAGAUAUAACAGGUUUGGUGUUCUACAGUUUUCUUCAAAGUGGCAAUGGAAGAAUGCUGAAUAAAUCUGCGCUUUUGAUUUAUUGCGUGCAGCUUCUAUAGGGCAUAGCUUUGAUAAAUACUGUAUGGCUUUCUUUCAAUGUUCUAACAAGUUCAUAAAUUUGAAGCAUUAUCUGAUUCAAAAGAUUUUUAACAUUUUGUUGCAAAGAGGAGUAUUAAAGUUGAAUGUACCAGCCUCUCAUAGGUAACAGAUAUGUGCAGAAUAUCAGACUGCAAAAGCUUCAGGCUAUUAAAAUCUUUACCCAUAGUUUAGGGUCUAUUUAAUCUAAGAUUCCCAGUAUUGAAGGAUAGCUUUUCUCAGCUACUUCUAUUUAUCAAACACCUCUAUUGUAGUAGAAAGUACCAUGGUGCUUCACAGGGAUGUAUAGAACAAAAUUAGACACCAAGAAAAUUAUUAUGGGAGAUGUCCAAAUACUUAAUUGAAGAGGUAAGUUAUAAGAAAAAUCUUGAAGAAAGAGCUAGAAGGGCAGAGAGGUUUAGGAAAAGAAACUUGAACCAUAAGGCCCAGGCAGCUGAAUGCACAGCCACCUUCAAUUCAAAUAUUUGUGCUGUAUAGUUUCCUUUUCACUAUAUAACUUUUAAUUAUGCACUUAAGCUGUAAUACAACUGCAUGCAGAAUAUUAAAAAAUGAACAGAAUAAAUAUUUUUAAUCCCAAUAUUUUUGUAGGUACUGAGUUUGUUAAAGAUUUAGUAGUGACUUACUAAACCACUGGUAUCAAGUUCCAUAACUGGUGAUUGAUGUUGACACUAAUCAAUACAAAAAUACUGCACUUCUGUAAAACAAACUGAGUUGGCUGGUCUGUCUUGUUAAUCCGAAAAAUUCAAAUAUUGUAGUCAGCUCCACGCAUCUUGACCACCAACAAAUUCUAAUGUUACCAAGUCUCACGUUUGGCACACUUAGAUUCCAAUUAGGAGUUUUUAUUGCUGAGGAAUAUCUUUUGAAAUACCAUUUAACAAAAACCCAGCAGAUUUACACGACUGCAGUCACCUCUGUGCAUUGAAAUUUUUUUGCUGAAUGUACAUCUGGCUCUACCAUUGAAGCAGUUAAUUUCCAAAAAGUGGUGGGAUUUUUAUUAACUGUAUCAAACACCAUGGUAACCGUUUUAAACUGCAGUACUCACCCUAUUGUUACAUGCCAAUAAAGCUAAUUGUAUUUGUAACCAAAAUUCCAACAACAAAAUGAGUUUCAAAUAAACUGCAAAGCAACACCAGUGCAUAAUUACUCCUAA